CAAUGUAUGUGUUGGAACGGAAUUAAAAAAGAACUUCAAGCAUAUCUCUCUGUUUUGGCAUUAGUGAUCACUAAGCGCUCGAUUCAAACCAUAUUUCUAGCUCAGAUUUAAAUGUAAAUGUAAUUUCCAACUGAGACGACAUAUGUAGCAUUUACCGUGGCAUGAAUGCCGCUUCGGCUAACGCGGGAACAUUGCCUUAAAAUGUAUUGCACUUUUGUGCAACUCUUCAGUGCUACGAAUAUCACCACUAUAUCCUCUUAAAGGGGAAAUCUGCAGUUGCUACAUCCAAUUAGGACUUAUAAAUUAAGCUGAUUCUUGAAGAAUAUCACUUAAUAAAUGCCUCAUGAGGUGAGUUUGUAACCCAUCAGAACCCAACGCUUAUUUUACUCCAAUGUUUUGCAAAGUAAAUGUAAACACACAUUAUAUAGCCUCAAAACAUGGUUAAAACUGUAAUUGUGAUUAUCAUGUAUGGUCAGUCCUUGCAUCCAGAGCUCUGCCUGUGAAUUUGAAAGUGGUUACAAUCCUCCAGCCCAAUCCCUCCACUUUUUACCGAGACAGGGGUGUGGAGGAUCACUUCUUGUUGUUAUUGUUAUUAUAUCACUUGUUAUUAUUUCAACUGCUCAGAUGUUCUGGUGCGGUGGCACUAAUUUCAGAGUUCUGACAGGAGCCAUGUAUCAAAUGCAGAGUGUUUGUACAUGAAACAGUGUCACAGUCUGGCAUUCUUUCCACCCUCCAUCACCUCCCUCUCUAGAGUCGUUUGUGCCCCAGGCUCGGAGCUCUAUCGUGGGGGGAAAGGAUGCUCAAAAGGGCAGCUGGCCGUGGAUAGUCAACCUUUUAAUCACGGAUGAUACAGGCUCCUUUAGAUGUGGCGGAUCCCCUCCUUACUGAGGAAUGGGUGCUCACCGCUGCAAACUGUGUUGACCCUAUUAGGAAUGAAAACCCUAUUCCAGAAAGUUCCUUCAUUCGUCUGGGGACACACAGCCUGAAUGAGCCAGCAGUGUUUUAUCGAUCCAUCUCACUUAUCGUCAGUCACCCACAGUACCAGAAACAGCAUUUGGCCCUGCUGCACAACAUCGCUUUGGUGAAGAUGAGUAAAAAGGUGUCCUUUUCCUCCCUGGUGAAGCCCAUGUCCCUGCCCAAACCGAAUGAUAACUUUGUCUCAAAUUGCUUCAUCGCUGGCUGGGGCGACGUCGGGAACAAUGUGGAAUUGUCUGGUAAUAGGACCCUCCAGGAGCUGAAGGUAACCAUCUUUAAAUGGAGAAUCUGUAAGAAAAAGUUUCCGGGCCUCACUGACAACAUUCUGUAUGCUGGCUCCAUGGAAAGAGGGAAAGGCUACUGUCAGGGGUACUCUGGUGGGCCGUUGGUUUGUCGCUCAUCUGGUGAGAUUGUCCAGGUGGGAAUCGUGAGUUUUGGGAAUACCAAUGGCUGUGCUUUGAAAGGCUUCUCUGGAGUCUACACCCGUGUGAAAUGCUACAUGGACUUCAUCUACAAGACUAUAACCUCAGACAGACAGGCUUCUGCUUAG